AAUGCGAGGCGCCGAGCGCCAACGCAGACCCACCGACGGCCUGUUCCACCGCAACGCUCCCAGCCUCUCCACUCCUGCAACGCUCCGAGCGAAAGGCGCGAAUUUUCGGUUCUUCAAUCUUCACGUUAAAAUACCCCACCCCCGUUAUAUUAUAUUCGCGUGCCGUUUUUUUGUGUACGAUCGCGUACGUGCAUACGUACAGAUAUAUAGGCUGAUUUAGAGCGACAAAACCAGCACGAUGUACUCGAACAAAUACGAUGGGCCCAAACGGGGAAGAUCGUUUGACUCGGUCAACACUAACUUUGGCGAGAAACAACUACACAACGAGUUGAACAAGUCUGCCUACGGGCGGCAGAAGGAGGACAACAAGGAGAGCUGGGCCAACGGCUCCGGCGAGAGAGGCCGCGCCGCCGUUGUCUUCUCGCUCAAGAACGACAUCGGUGGACUCGUCAAGGCCCUCAAGCUCUUUCAGGAGAAGCACGUCAACCUGAUGCACAUCGAGUCGCGCAAGUCGAAGCGACGCAACUCGGAGUUCGAGAUCUACGUGGACUGCGACAGCAACCGCGAGCAGCUGGGGGAGCUCAUGCAGCUGCUGCGCUCGCACGCGUGCAACAUCGUGUCCAUGUCGGGACCCGCGAGCCACUGCGACGUGGGGCCCCAAGAUCUUGACGGCGUGCCCUGGUUCCCAAAGAAGAUUUCUGACCUCGAUCAUUCGUCAAACAAAGUGCUCAUGUAUGGAGCUGAUCUGGAUGCCGAUCACCCGGGCUUCAAGGACAACGUCUAUCGCAAGAGACGGAAGCAUUUCGCGGACAUUGCACUUAACUACAAGCACGGUGAGCCGAUCCCUCGCAUCGAGUACACGGAGGAGGAGGUGCGGACCUGGGCCACCGUGUUCCGCGAGCUCACGAAGCUGUACCCGACGCACGCCUGCCGCGAGUACCUCAAGAACCUGCCGCUGCUCACGAAGCAUUGCGGCUACCGCGACGACAACAUCCCCCAGCUGGAGGACGUGUCCCGCUUUCUGAAGGAGCGCUCUGGGUUCACUAUCCGGCCGGUGGCCGGGUAUCUGUCUCCGCGUGAUUUCCUGGCCGGGCUGGCAUUCCGCGUGUUUCACUGCACGCAGUACGUGCGGCACAGCUCCGAUCCGCUCUACACCCCGGAGCCGGACACGUGCCACGAGCUGCUGGGCCACGUGCCACUGCUGGCCGAGCCGAGCUUCGCGCAGUUCUCCCAGGAGAUCGGCCUCGCCUCGCUCGGUGCCUCAGACGAAGCCGUGCAGAAGCUUGCCACGUGUUACUUCUUCACUGUGGAGUUUGGGCUCUGCAAACAAGAUGGCCAGCUGAGAGCCUACGGGGCUGGCCUGCUCUCCUCCAUCAGCGAGCUGAAGCACGCGCUCUCCGAGAAUGCAAAGGUGAAGGGCUUCGACCCGAAGGUGACGUGCAAGCAGGAGUGUCUCAUCACCACCUUCCAGGACAUUUACUUCGUCUCCGAGAGCUUUGAGGAGGCGAAGGAAAAAAUGAGGGAGUUCGCCAAGACCAUUAAACGGAACUUCACGGUGCGCUACAACCCAUACACGCAGAGCAUUGAGGUGCUCAAGGACACCAGGAUGAUCGCCGAGAUGGUGAAGGAGCUGCGGGCCGAGCUGGACACGGUCAGCGAUGCUCUGCACCGGCUCAACAAGCACUAUGGCGUGUAGGGAACGUGUGGUGCCAGCGUCUGCACG